ACAAUAGCAGCUAUGUUGACACUACCAUGUUGAUCUGAGACUUGCUGUUGGAAAACCACUACAGUGUCCGACUGGUGGCUGUCGCUGACGCGCCUCCCUGACUUCACUCGCCGACUUUAGUCUACAGUCGGCUUCGCAAGGCUUACUGCUCGAACACACCCAAAAUGUUUGCCUUCAGCGUCCUGUGCAGUCAAAUUUCUCGCUCACAGGAAGGGACGCCGUGAGUGACACUCUUUUCACGCCACUUCGAUACAGCUAUGACCGGAAGUGGUUAUCGUAGCAGGUUAGGAGAGUGUUUUCGCCAACCCUAACCACAGAUAUAGCAAUGUUAUACACAUAUUUGCCCUAACCCCUUUCCUAACAUUAACCACAGUCUCAUAACCUGCUACGUUAAUUCUAACGUGCUACGAAAAAGUCACUUCCGGUCGUAGCUGGAUCGAAGUGGCGUGAAAAGAGUGUUCCUCGUCACAGGAAGCAGACUGCGGAAGUGUUGUAGAAUGUGUAGGUGAUCGUUUCAGUAAAUGUUUUGCUUUAGCAGUUUAGUGCAAUGUCUAAACUGUACACUGAGAAACUGACCAGGCUCUACGAGCGGUAUCGGGAGUACGUCACGAAGAACCCUGCAAGGACUGGACAACUGGAGAGCACCGUAAGAACGCUGUCGUACCUCAUUUCAGGGCGAUUUACUGACUCCCACGAAAUCUCUGAAUUGGUGUACUCUGCCUCCAACCUGCUGGUGCUGCUUAAUGAUGGCAUUCUGCGCAAAGGGCUGUGUCGCACCCUACCCAUGUCUCUCUCUCAGCAGAGGCUUCUCACCUGGCUGUCAGUGGUGGAGUACAUGGAGGUGUUCCUGGAGAUGGGGGCCACCAAGCUGUGGGGGGAGGGAGGUCGCUGGCUGGUCAUAGUGCUCAUCCAGAUCACUAAAGCCAUCCUGCGCUUCCUACUGCUGUUCUGGUACAAAUCUGGCAUGCAGACUUCCCCUCCUAUUACCCCACUGGACAGGGAGGCACAGGGAGGCAACGAUGAGGACCAUGAUGACCACCAGGAUGACACCUCCUUCGUGGGACAGCGGUCAGGGAGGGUGAUGAGGCCGUUGGGCAGUGCCCCCUCUCUGCAGGCUCGUCUGUGGGGAGCCCCCAGUAGGGAGAAGAGGUGUGGUGUGGAGGAGGAUCUGUUCUCUAGUCCCACUGCCCUGGGGGUCCAGGAGACCAUAGCAGAGUCCAUGUACAUCGGACGCCCACUGGUACACCUGCUCUGCCUGGGAAUGUGUGGGAGGGGCUCCUGGAAACCGUGGCUCAUCUCUGGAGCCAUGGAGAUGACCAGUUUUGGUUUGAUGAGUGACACUAAAUCUCUGAACCGGCGGGAGAGGGCGGAGCUGAGGAGGAGAGCCUUUCUGCUUCUGUACUACCUGCUCCGGUCCCCUUUCUACAACACGUUCUCUGAGACAAAAAUCCUGUUCCUACUCCGAUUUCUGGCAGACUACGUUCCUGGCGUCGGGCUGGUUGCUCGCCCUCUAAUGGAUUACCUACCCAUCUGGCAGAAGAUCUACUUCUAUAACUGGGGCUGAGGGCAGGAGGUGGAAGGUCAGAGGUCGUUGAAGGUCACCUGGCCAACUGGAUAGGGAUCGACACUAAAGAGGGAGACCCUCAGUAAAAUACUAUACAGAGCCAGAGACACACAGGGAUUCAAGUCCCCACAGACCCGCUGGUUAAUCUGCUCUAUUUCACCUGGGACCCUCAAAUGAGAUCAACAUGCAGUUCUGUUGCUAGGGCAUGCCAGAGUACCUUACGGAUCCUUCUGUUCUGUUGCUAGGGCAUGCCAGAGUACCUUACGGAUCCUUCCGUUCUGUUGCUAGGGCAUGCCGGAGUACCUUUUGCAUUCCCUCCUUGUUCUUUCAUUUUGUAAUUUGAGUGAUUUCUGUCAUCUUCCAUCAGACUGAUCUUGAACCAGUGAUUAUAUUAUGAAUUGAUGCUGACUGUGUGAUUUAGUUUUCUCCUUCUGUAAACUAUACAUUACCCAGUGGUGUUAUUGACAGAGUUGCAUGAGAUAUCUUUGGCACCACUGGUGAUGAUCACCCUCUCGUCAGUCAGUACUGCGGUUUUUCGCUGCGAACAAUCUCUCCUAAACCUGACUCCAGUUAAACAACACACUGCUACGGCUAGCCCCGAUGGGUUCUGUGCAGUUGGACCAACAGGAUUACAGCUAAUGACUUUGAGGCUGAUUGAAGUUCUCUCUAUCGGGGCAUCCUAAUAUUUCCUUUCUCCUGAAGUGUGCGCGUGUUCACUCCUGCCCACAAAUCUAAAAGCAUUCGAUUGGCAGAGGCAUGGGCUAGUGGGAGUGUCCACCAUAUUGUGUAUACUAGUCACUUCCUUUAAGUCUGUGAAGGGAAGUUAAAUGCACACUUCAAGAGGAAGGAGAGAUCAUUGGGCCAUAGCCUACAUUCCCCUUCUGUUUGUUAGACAAAUGAACAACGCCUGUGGGACAAUAUGAAAUGAAACAUUUGUAUGUUAAAUAUGCUGUAUUCUCAUAAUUAUUGAUAUUAACUACCCAAUUGUGUUCCUAAUAGAUUGUUACUUUGAUAGGGGUGAGAAUUAAGAAUCGAGACAGGUCAUUUCUGCCAAUGAGCCAUUUUUGUAGUUUAUCCAGACUACUUGGAAGCAACCAUCUGGAAAAACAUUGAAAUCAGGUUGUUUUCUCUUGUUGAAGAUGAUUGGGGGAAGUGGAAUGUUGUGGCUCCGAGUGCCUUUCAAAAGUUCACUUACCAGAUGGGGGGAAAUGAAGUCUAAUGUACUUUAUUUCAAUUAUGUGGGAAUGUUUUUUAUAAAUCCUACAAAUGUGUUCAAUAAAUCAUCAGAAUAGUAAUCUGGCA